UGAACAAUUUGAUUCAGAUCGAGAAAGCUCGGGUUGCGGCAACGAUUCGACAUCUGGAGCCCAGCCCCCUCCCGCCUGCAAUGCCUCCGGCAUUAAAGCCAGCAGUACCGUCGCGGAGACUUCUCAGGUUCUUGCGCGCCCAAUCCGAAGGCCUUGCCUUUGCCGGGUGCCCCUCGCGCCUGUCAACUCGCCGUCAUGUCUGCGUUUGCGCGAGGACAGGUCUAUCCGAAGGGCUUCUGAACGCCCCGGUAGCCCGCCGCGAAGCCACACUACAAGCCGCAUUUCUUGGUCUCGAUGCUAUUCUCCCAAAGGCGCUCACCAAGCAACGCGCCGCCGCAGCGAGCACCACCAAGAGCCAGGAACCUACGCCUGCUGGGGGCGCGCCGCGGUAUGCUUCCUCACGACAGACGCCUGGGGGGAAUGGCAGCAAGCCGGCGUGGCACGAAUGGCUUUUCGGGCCCGAUUCGAAGAAAGGCGGCGAGCCAUUGAAGGAGGGUGACAUUCGAGUGCGGCUGGAGGAGGAGUCUGGGUCAAUCUUCCAGCGAAGGUCAUUGACCGCGAAGGCGGCGAUGGACCCGAGGCUGCGGUGCACCGAGGUGGACGGGACUGGGAAGGUCAUAAUGGUAGACGGUGAGCUUAAGAAAAGCGAGCUGAUCGCUAGGUAUGGCCUCCUUCCGCGCGAUCUCCGCAAGAUCGACUCGUCCAACCUCCCACACAUUCUCGUCCGUCCGUCCGCCAUUCUCCUCAACCUUCUCCACCUGAAGGUCCUCAUUAAGCACGACCGAGUCCUCCUGUUCGACGUCUAUGGCUCCACCUCGUCAUACCCCCAGUCGGCGUUCAUGUACGACCUGCAGGGGAAGCUCCAGCAAAAGCAGGUAGCUGGCGCGAACAGCUUGCCCUACGAAUUCCGAGCCCUCGAAGCGGUCUUGAUGUCGGUCACAUCUGAGCUGGAGGCCGACUUCGAGUCGGUGCGAGACCCGGUCAUUCGUAUCCUCAGCGACCUAGAAGACGAUAUCGAUCGUGAGAAGCUGAGGAUUCUCCUCGUCCUGUCGAAGAGGGUCAGCACAUUUGAGCAGAAGGCCAGGUUGGUCCGCGACGCCAUCGAAGAGCUGCUGGAGGCCGACGACGACCUUGCCGACAUGUACUUGACUGAAAAAAUGCACGACUUGAUCAGGGGCGAGGAUGACCACACCGAGGUCGAACUCCUCCUAGAAUCAUACAAUAAAAUUUGUGAUGAGGUGGUACAGGAGGCGGGCAACCUCGUGUCGAGCAUCAGGAACACGGAGGAAAUCAUCCGCGCGAUUCUAGACGCCAACCGCAACUCGCUCAUGUUGCUUGACCUCAAGUUCAGUGUCGGCACGCUCGGCCUAGCCAUGGGCACCUUCCUAGCCGGCCUGUACGGCAUGAACCUCGAGAAUUUUAUCGAGGAGACUAACUGGGGUUUUGGCGCCGUCACUGGCCUCUCGUCCAUCUUCUCGCUCAUCGUCUGCUGGUACGGGCUGGUGAAGCUCCGUAAGGUUGGACGCGUCAAGAUGAACGGGGGUGGCUUGGGCGGUCUUCGUAGCCAGGACCACUGGUUCUGCGAGGACGGUACGGACGCCUUGCUGGAUCCCAGCAACCGCGAGCGGUUGAGGCGCAUCAACAUGAUGAAGAACGCCAAGCAGGCGCGAGCCAAGAAGUGGCCGUUCAGGUAACCGUCCCUGGUUCGACCUCGGCGGUGAUUUUUGGAGUUCUAGGGCGUGGAUAUGCUUGUUUUUUCGGGCUCCCUACGGCGCAAGAGAGCAUGUAUCGGAUAGACUGGCGUUCGUGGCGGGGGUUAUCUUGGGGUAUGGGUG